AUGUCGUUUGUUCGGUGGCAAACGGCGAUUUUCCCAGACGGGAAACAUCGGCAACGGGAAACAUUCUGGAAACAAACUGGAAACAGGAUCUUUGAUACCGUAUACUACGAUACGAGCAAUGACGUACGUAGCGAUAUAAAAGACAGGCCACGAGUUUGCCUCAGUAAACCGAGUAACUUGCAUGACAUGCAGGAUAGUCUUUCGUUCAUCGAUGCCCAUGACAACUUUCACGUUGGAAUUUGUCUGUUCAUUUUGAAUCCAGCUCUUUGCUUCAAACUAGAACACAUUUUGGUGAACUUCAAAAGAAUUUGUAGCGUUUUGAGAAAAUCGAGAGACUCGCAAGCUGCAUUGUGGUUGACCGCUGCAUUUCUUGUGUCGAUUAAACCAGCAGGCACUCCAACGGCUAACUCACGAUACCGAGAAGCGACUCGCACUAGUACAUGUCACUAA